CGCGAGCGAGCUUUUAAAGACCCCGUUGCGCGCGCCCGAGCUUGUUGCGAGGGGCGAUGGAAUCGGGGCCGCGUGCGCAGGAAGGCUGAUGACCAUCACAGAGUCGUCACGUCACGGAUCCGCAGCGACCGAUAGAGAUGCUGAGGUGACAGCAGGCAGAAGGAGAAAAGGGACGAUCACGCUCAGACAUAUUUCACCCUCCGCUUGUUUAUUUGUAUAACAAUCACAAACGCGACCGCCGCCAUCUCUUCUUCAUGGACUGCUCGCUCGCGAUGGGAUUCCGCUCGAUGUCGACCCCUCCGCCUCCAAACGUAGAGGAUUUGUUGUAACCACACCCGGCUGUUCUUUGGAUCAAGGAUUGGCAGCAAAGACCCGAGGGUUCUCCAUCAAUGCCCGUCCCAGUCUGAGGCUGCUGGUCGAGGGGGGAAGCAGUGAGGACAGCGUCCCUGGUCCACAGACGGGAUGAGCGGGGGAACGGAGCAAGCUGACAUCCUGAGCGUGCUCUCCCUGGUCAAGGAACGAUGGAAAGUGGUGAAGAAGAUUGGGGGCGGCGGCUUCGGGGAGAUCUACGAGGCGGUCGACCUGCUGACGCGGGUCAGCGUGGCGCUGAAGGUGGAGUCGGCCCAGCAGCCCAAACAGGUGCUCAAGAUGGAGGUCGCCGUGCUCAAGAAGCUCCAGGGUAAAGACCACGUGUGUCGCUUUGUGGGAUGUGGCCGCAACGACCGCUUUAACUACGUGGUGAUGGAGCUUCAGGGUCGUAACCUGGCUGACCUGAGGAGGAGUAUGACCCGGGGAACCUUCAGCAUCAGCACCACGCUGCGUCUGGGCCGUCAGAUCCUGGAGGCCAUCGAGAGCAUCCACUCUGUCGGCUUUCUGCAUCGUGACAUCAAACCGUCCAAUUUCGCAAUGGGUCGCUUCCCGAGCACGUGUCGAACCUGCUACAUGCUGGACUUUGGUUUAGCUCGUCAGUUCACCAACUCCUGCCAGGAGGUCCGACCUCCUCGUCCAGUGGCGGGGUUCAGGGGAACGGUCCGCUAUGCAUCUGUCAAUGCGCACAAGAAUAAGGAGAUGGGUCGUCACGAUGACCUGUGGUCUCUCUUCUACAUGCUGGUGGAGUUUCUGGUCGGUCAGUUGCCGUGGAGGAAGAUCAAGGACAAAGAACAUGUGGGGAAGCUGAAGGAUACUUACGACCAUCGUCUGAUGCUCAAACACCUGCCGGCAGAGUUUGGUGUGUUCUUGGAUCACAUCUCCAGCCUCGACUACUUCACGAAGCCCGACUACCAGCUGCUCAUGUCAGUGUUUGACAACAGCAUGAAAACCUACAAUGUCGUGGAGAAUGACCCUUAUGACUGGGAGCGGACCGGCACUGAUGGCACUUUGACGAUCAGUGCCAGUGCCACGACACCGCAGCAUCACACCCGCCUCACUCCGGCACACAUGGGUAUGGCGAAUGCCUCCCUGAUCCCUGGCGACAUGCUGAGGGAAAACACCGACGAGGUUCUGCAGGACGAGCAGCUCAGCGACGCGGAGAACAACCCCGCUCCGGACCGAAUGCCGGGCUCUCCCCUCCACCCGCUCCGCAACCAGGAGGCUGACGUCUGGGAGGAGUUGGACCGCAACCGCAACCGCAUCAGGACGGCAGUCUGGAAGGCAGAGGAGGAACACAGCAACAACCAGGGCAACCACGGACUCCAGAGCCCCUAUGCUGCGCCGAGCCUGGGCUCCCCGGUCAAACUGCACUCUGAGGUGGCGGCUUCAGACCGUGAUGGUCCUCUGCUGAGGAAGCUCCGCAACAUUCACAGUUUGGAUAUGGAGAGGAGGCUCAGCCUGGAGGCCAAGCCCAGUCAGGAUCGCUUCCUGGAGGCCGGUUCAGGGAAGCAGCAGCUUGGCACCCAGCAGCAGGAGACGGAGGUUGACGGGGCUGCAAUCAUCCCGGUAACUCAGGGUCAAGCUGUACCUGCCGGGGAGCGUCAUGACAGGGUCUGGCACUAUGAUGAGGAGUUCUUGUCUGGUGGUGGUUCUCCUAAACCAGCGUCCUGUGGAUCUCUGGAGCAUGGAGAGGGGGCAGCCAUUAGCGGGGGCUUUGUGGCCCUCAAUCUGAGCUCUGGGAGGCAGGAUAUUGACUCAAGGGAGUGGGUAAUGGUGGAGAGGCCCAACGGCUCUCCAGGAGCCAAGGCCACCACCUCGGAGGAGGACGAGGAGCCAGAGGUGCUCCAGCCAGGGGAUCAGUCUCCUGGAUGGGAAAAGGGCAAUCCAGGCCCUAACUCUGGCAAAGCAAGACAAGAAAGCAUGGCUUCCUCCAAGGGAAGUACAAAAGUGGACAAGUUGGAGCUUAGCAUGGGCCCUGUCGGGGCUCUGCCCACCGUCACUCCAACCAGCCCCGGUGAAGCUCUUGCUGAGGGAGUUCUCACGCAGCUCCCCACCUCUCCUCCAUCCCUGCCUGAGGAGGUCGCGAUCCGGACAUCCAGCCCCAUCCCUCUGCGCUCUCCCAGCCCUCACACACUCCUGACCACCUUGUCGGACCCAUUGCACCUGCGCCGGCCACUGGGCAUGAGGCGCAGCCAGUCUGUUGACCCGCAGCAGCAGGAGCGCCCCUCCUCUUCCUCCUCCUGCCACGCCUCCCUACCACUACCACAAUACCCUGCCCCCGGCACCCGCUCACCCAGUCGCAGGAAACUGCCCGCCAUCCCGGCGGGUGCUGCCAACGCCAAGUUUCCCUCUGUCAUACGCAUCACUCGUGCCCAGCUUCAGCAGUUGACGGCUCAGCGUCCCUUUGGGCUUUCCUCCCACUCAGGAUCAGACAGUGCUCCACAGUGCCUCCUGCUGGAGAGGCGUGGUGAAGCUGAAGCUGAGACUCAGCAGGUGCAGGAGCUCACAGCGGACAUCAGCUCCCCCCAGGACCACGUGCCCACCCAUCCAGGGACACCCACAGACCCACUGGCUGAGAUGCUGGUCAAUGGAAACAUCCACAAAAAACCUCAAAGCCCUGCGCCAAACCGUGUGUCUUCCCCUCACUCCCCCUGUUCUCCACACUCGCCUCCUCUGCACUCACCUUCCUCUCCUCGCUCCCCUCACUCUCCUCACUCUCCUCACUCUCCUCACUCUCCUCACUCUCCUCGCUCUCCUCGCAGCCCUGUGUUUGCCAAUGGCCACCUCUCCCCUACUGUUAACAGCCAAAGGGAUUUAAGUAUUGGAGCAUUCCCCAAGCUGAAAGACCCCGAGAACGAUUCUGGCCCGACUCCCUGGGCCACAGGGCCUCAGCUAAGGAGGGAGAGGAGCAGAGAAGUGAACCAUGCCGACGAUCAGACCAAUGGACCAGCCUCCUCCCCCCUGUCUGCCCCCCGUAAGGACCCCAGCCGGAGGCAAAGUCGCAUCCCAGUCCUGGAGCCCUCCAGCCUGCUGGAGCUCCCUCCUGCGGGGUCUGCCAAGGAGAAACUCCUGCAGAAGAAAGCUAACCACCAUGGCCCGGUCCCCUCUCCCACUGCCUCUCCAUCCCUCUCUGAUAGGCGUGGCCCCAUGGUGGCCUCCCUCGCCAGGGACCCGCUGUCCUCCACCUCUGACCGCUCUCAGGACGAGGACUCUCUUAUGGGCUCCCGCUCUGACCGCCAGGGAGACGACGCUCCUUCCCUCUCCUCCUCCUCCAGCCCUCUGUCCCGCAAGAGCCGGAUCCCUCGUCCCGUUCAUUCAGCUUCUUCUGCUGAGCAGCUGGCUGCCCAGUUCCUGCCGCGCCCGCCCCCUGGAAAGCCACCUUGCCGACCCACAGCGGAGGGCAGGCUUAGGCGAUAUCGAAUCCGAGCUGGCAGCAACAGUGACUCAGACCUCCUGACAUGCCUUGCUCAGCUGAUGCAUGGUUCCCGGGGCUCCCCCCUUCACCACCGCUCCUCAGCCCAGCAUGGGGGCUCCAGGAUGGGCAUCUGCAGCCUGACGAGCUCCCCCCACCACCACCGCAGCUCCAGCGCCUCCCCGCGCAGCUCCUCCUCCCUGCAGCGCUCCGUCAGCUCCUCGCCCUCCCGCCACGAGCACCGAGGUGGCGGGGGAGGGGGUUGCCUGGGACGCAGCCGCUCUCCUCCCAGCUUCUCUGGCUCGCCACCUCCCCGCCGCUUCUACACUCACCACCAGGAGACCUGCUGCAGCCGGCAGGCUCGCACGGGACCCUUCCACCUGUCCAGGGGGAAAAGCUGCAGCCGAGAUGGCAAGUGCUCCAGCAAGCUGGCCAGAUAGUUGCCCUCCAGGUUACGCUGCCACAGCAGAGAAUGGGAAGACUCUUAUAUCUUGAUAGUUUAGACUGCAGUCAGGAUAAAAGCCUGAGUCUUCCUGUAUAACUUUUCCCUUUUUACGCUGUCAGUCUGAACCUUACACGUCUCGCUGUUUCCUUCACCCCUUCUAUUUGCACACAGGGUUUGUCAUUCAUUUAUGUGCCCAGCUUUGUAGGAGUACUUUAGUAAUGCACUUCCAUAAAGUUGUCGGACUUGUGAGAGACAGAUUUGAAAAAGAAUGAUAAAAAAAAUCUGCGGCAAGAAACUUUUAGUCUCUUAAACUCCAAAAAUGCUGCUUCCUACAUUUCCCAUAAUGCAACUCAAUAGCAUAAGUGCCCACUUCUUUAAAAACCUUCUAGUUUAUAAUGAAGGUUUUCUGUUUAAAAGGUCUGAAGGCCAAUCUGACAUCCGCAGGUUGAAUAGCAUUCCUUAUAACGAGUAAACUGAGCCUCAUGUGUACAAUUGCUGGAGUAUCCCUUUAAGACGACUUAUUAGACGAGCCGUGUCGGGUCCUCAUUUUAUUUAUAUUAUUAUGUUGUAGUACAAAAUAAUGUAGCUGCAAAAUUAAACCGUGAUUUCCCAAUGCAGGCAGCACUAUAGUAUGUAAGUCCAUAGUUAGUUGGGCCAGUGGGCACAUAAAUAAAUCAGUUUCCUGUUUAUUCAUCUUCAUGCAUCCUGCACCACAAUAUAAUGAAACUUAUUUAUCUCCAGUAUUAAUGCACUUGGAUUACACUGAUGGAAUAUCAGUAUAGCUUAUCACAACUUAAUUAAAUAUUGGCCUGGGGUUGACUCAGUUAUCUCCUCUGCAUUUGGAGAUUGCAGGCAGGGUAUAAUAUUUACUUUAUGCUAUAUGUGAGUGCAUAAAGCCAAUAUUUGUGUACAGUUGUAUUUAUUGAGAUAUUUAUUUUGAUGCUUUAGCGAUGCUUAAGACUCCCACCCUCUUCUGUGUGAUAGUGGAUGUAUGGUUUUGUGUCACUCACAUUGGUGUUUAAAUGUUUCAAUCGAAAGGGAUAACUCCAAAGUGACCCUUCUUUAUACAAUCAAUCAUGUCAGGUGCGUGAGGACACACACCUUUUUGUGCCUACUGUGUUGCUUAGAGGGAAUCAAAAGAUGUUCCACUAGCUGAAGGGAUUACAAGUGCGGUAGUUUCUCAGUAGUAGCAGUAGUAAGCUUAAGCAACACAAGGUACAUUACUGAGUAAUGUUCAGACGCAGAUGUUUGUCUCAGCGUGUGCCUUGGCACUUUAGGCAGCUUGAGGAUUCACUUCGUUUGUAAAUUAGACAAAAAAGGGAGCCAAAAACAGACAGCGGUUAUAAGACGACCCUUUUCAGCAGUGUUCUUUUAAUGUAGAAAAGGUAGCAACACAAUUUGUUUGUAAAUCAAACAACAAUUUGAGCAACAGUUUGACUUGAGUAGCUUUUAUUUGUGAUGACAAAAAGGUGAAACCCGUCUUCAGCUGUCCUGCGUCUCGACACCAGGUCAGUGUUUGAGAAACAAAAUGUGAAUUUCAGACCUCAAACAACAUUUUGUCAAACGUUAUUGAAAAAUGGAGGCCAUAUGUAAAUAUAUUUCUCACACCAAAAUGAUGUUCCAUGCUUCCAUGUGCAAGAAUGUUUUUUUGUUUGUUUGUUUUGUGCCUCCUUGCGCUGGAGAAUGUCUUUUUUAUAUAAUGACAUACGGUAUGUUUGUGCACAAGGGAAAGGAAUCAGAGUAUUGUUUGUGUUUGAUUUAGUUAGGAUUCCUCACUGUAACGCUCCUCCACAACCUCCUCCCACUCCUCUGCUUGUAAGAUACUGUAAAAAAAAUAACUGCAGCUUCCUUCCAAUGCUACUCUUUGCAUGCUCAACAGAAAAACACAGAAUCAACUACUGAGUAAAAAGCUGCAUAGCACUUCCCACCUCACAGCAUUUUUCUUGUGAAGAUUUGAACCCAGCAGCAACUUUAUUACCUUUUGAAUCUAUAUAUUUUCUCUCACCCAUCUUCAAAUUCUUUCUACUAUUCCUCCCCCCCCACAUUAUAUAUAUAUAUGACUAGUUUUCUGCGCUUCCUGCACUUGCUGCACUUCCUGACUUGGGAUGAUUGUGUUGCUGGAAUAUGAUAGACUGUACUUUGUAUUAGUGCAACGAGCUGACGUGACACAAAAGAACUAACCAGAAAAAUAAGGAGAGUUUUAAGCACUUGUAUUGUGUAAUACAACACAUGAGUUUAAAGAUUUAAAGGGUUAGUUCAGACAUUUUGAAGUGGGGUUGUAUGAGGUAGUUCUCCAUAGUCGGUGUGUGUUAUCUACAGAAGAUGACGGUCGAGUUAUGGCAUGAGAAUGUAUCUUAGCCAAGGCCGACCGAGAAAUAUCAUUAUCAGUUUAAGUGUACGCUAUAGUUAGAAUAUUUUCACCACUUCACCUUGCUGUCAGAACUGAAGCCUUCUCUUCAAAGCCACCAGACUCCAUUGAAAAAAAACAGUAAUUUUGCCUUCUACUGUAGAUGAUACACUGACUAUGGUUCAGUACGUCAUACGUCCCACUUCAACAGCAGUCCUAACCUCUAUAACACAUGGCUGCACACAAAAAAAAUCACAUUGCCAAAUAUUUUGAUAGAUUCUUGCAGAUGUGGUUUGACGCGAGACGCGAGUGUGUAGAGAUUGAAUGGGCACAUUGCUUUGCAGAUGUAUAAAGUGUGCUGAUUCCUGCAGAUCUUGCAGAUACCCACGCUCGCCUCACAGAGCAGCUACGAUGACUCAUCCUGAAGGCAGACAGCGUUCAGUCAGUCAGUCGCCUUAAUGUCUCCUCUCUGCCCCUCUGUGCAUAGCGAGGGAUGACUGAGCCUUGUCUGUGUUGGAGAUCAUUCCACUAUUCGGCCAAGCCAAGCCUUCCUGUCACUUAUCCCUUUGUGUGGCACGUGCUACCAUGCCUGUCAGCGUGGUCAAUACAUCAACACUGAAAUCAAUGCUGUCAGACUCUUGAGCUUCAAACCGGAGAGCUCCAUGUUUUUCUGUGAGAACGCGCGGGGCCAUUUGUCGAUCGACUGGUGGAAAUGAAAAGCAUUUUCAGGGUGCAGUAUCCAAGGUGUGUUUGUUAGCGUGAUAACUGCGUGCCCUCCAACUGGGGCGUGCGAUUCCUACAUGUCGCCAGCAAUCAAUCUUUGAAUCCUCCCUCUUUCAACUCUUUCAGAUUUCAAGAUAUUUCAAGCUUUCAAAAAUUCAGAACGCUGUUGUGCAGACUUUUAAUAUAUACCUGUGAAAUAUAAAGUAAUUAUUUAAAUACAAAUAAUUAUUCUUAAACCGUAAUUUACAUGCUAACGGGCUUCAGUGGAAGGGAAGAACAGACACUAAACAGUGCUGCUGGUUUUAAAGGAUAAUCGUAUUUCUUCUCAUGCUUUUUUUAAAAUUAUGCACAUAAGUGGUGUGGCGUUGUAGUGCUAGUGUUACGAGAGAGAGAUUUUCUUUGUCGCUCUUUAAAGUGGCCUGCUCAUAGAAAGGUGUAUUUAUAGUAGAUUGCCAGGUGUUUGUGGUUACAGAUACCCAUAUGCCAGCAGAGCAAACCCAGAUGUUUUUGUUUUAUUUUGAAAGGUGAGAUGGAAACUAAUGAAAGCUUUGGUGUGCCCUGGUACACCUCUCAUGUCAUAACAUCGGAUUACUUGUUAGUAACUUAUAUAUACUUGACAGAAAUUAUUUAUUGUGACAUUUGCUAAUUUGCCCAUCCAUCAUUUUGACUUCAAUUGUCGGGAUUUUUUAAUGGUUGAUAUUUUUAUGUUGUAAUGUAUGUCAUGGUUUUGAAAUGUUACUGUACAGUUUCAAGGAAAGAAUGUAACAUGUGGGAGUUUUGCAUUGUAUAUAACUGUAAUUAUUUAUGUUUAUUCUAUCAUUUGUAUCAUAUCAAUGCCUUGUACAGUGUUUUUUUUUCCUUUCUUUUUUGAAAUUAUUUUGUAUUUUAUUUUUAUAAACUGGUUAUAAAUAAAAUACUCAUUCCGCAUGCAGACAUAA